AUGGCGGGCAGCGGCCCGUCCCUCGGGCGGCUGGCGGAGCCAAAGUUCGUGGUGGCGGCGAGGGUGACCUUCGGCACCGGCAGACCCUGCAGUUGGCCGUCUGCAGGCAGGCGAUGUGUUGGGCGGGCUUCCCGCUGUCCGCAGAAAAACGCCUCAGGCCAGUCAAAUCCAACCUUUUAUCUUCAGAAGGGUGGGCAGGCUUAUGUGCUCAGGAAGAAGCCCCAUGGCCCCCUUUUACCUAGAGCUCACGAGGUUGAUAGAGAGUAUCGUGUGCAGAAAGCCUUAUUUUCAGCUGGAUUUCCAGUGCCUGAGCCGCUCUUGUAUUGCAGUGACGUUUCUAUCAUUGGAACAGAAUUUUAUGUAAUGCAGCAUGUGCAGGGUCGCAUCUUCCGAGACCUCUCGCUGCCUGAAGUGGGCCCAGCAGAGCGUUCUGCUUUGUAUGUUGCAAUGAUAGAAACCUUGGCCCUGUUGCACUCCUUUGAUUUACAGUCACUGGGUCUCCAAGGAUAUGGUAGAGGACCAGGUUACUGCAGAAGACAGGUAUCAACGUGGAAAAGACAGUAUGAUGCAGCUGCUCAUACAGAUAUUCCUGCCAUGAACAAGCUGGCUGAAUGGUUAGCAAACAACUUGCCACCUGAUGAUAAUGAAGAAAGCCUGAUUCAUGGGGACUUUAGAAUAGAUAACAUCAUCUUCCACCCAACAGAGGCUCGUGUUUUGGCAGUGCUGGACUGGGAACUUUCAACUGCGGGUCACCCUUUAGCAGAUUUAGCAUAUGCCACACUAUUCUACUUUUGGCCUACAUCUAUUAAGGACUUGGGUCAAGGAACUGUCUUGGGUUUCAAAGACACCAUAGAAACUCCUUCAUUUGAAGAACUGAUUUCCAUUUACUGCCGCUGCCGGGGUAUUAGCACUACUUUAUCCAACUUUAAUUUUUUUCUUGCUUUGUCAUAUUUUAAAAUGGCAGCAAUAUCCGAGGGUGUAUAUGCUAGAUACCUCAUUGGAAAUGCUUCUGCAGAGAAUAGUCAUGAAUUUGCUAAGAUUGUGAAGCCUUUGGCAGAGAGAGGGCUAGAGCUCUCAGAAAGGUCAUCUUUUGGCAGCACACAUCAUAGCAUUUCUGGAGAGCUGUUCCAUCAAAGUAGGAAAGGCCAAGAAAUUCUGCUGAAAGUCAAGCAGUUCAUGAAGCAGCACAUAUAUCCAGCUGAGAAGGAAAUAAUAAAAUACUAUGCUGGACAAGGAAAUACUGAGGAAAAAUGGAAAAAACCACCAGUGCUUGAGAGACUGAAGGAAAUGGCCAAAGCAGAAGGUCUAUGGAACCUUUUUCUCCCAGAUGUCAGUGGUCUCAGCCAGCUUGACUAUGCACUAAUAGCUGAGGAGACGGGGAAAUGCUUCUUCGCUCCUGAGGUUUUCAACUGUCAUGCACCAGACACUGGAAACAUGGAGGUCCUGCACAUAUAUGGGACUGAAGAGCAAAAGAAAGAGUGGCUGGAGCCUCUCCUAGAAGGGAAGAUUAGUUCUUGCUUCUGCAUGACAGAACCUGAUGUGGCUUCAAGUGAUGCCACCAAUAUGCAAUGCAGCAUUGAGCGAGAUGGAAACAGUUAUGUCAUCAAUGGCAAGAAGUGGUGGAGCAGUGGUGCUGGGAACCCAAAUUGCAAAGUUGCAAUUGUAAUGGGCAAAACCAAAAACUCCUCAGCAUCCAGGUACGAGCAGCACAGUAUGAUCAUUGUUCCCAUGGACGCUCCAGGGCUGAAGCUGAUAAGACCCCUCUCAGUGUUUGGCUACCUGGAUGAGAUCCACGGAGGACAUUUUGAGAUACACUUUAAUGAUGUGCAAGUACCUGUCUCCAAUAUAAUACUAGGUGAGGGCAGGGGGUUUGAGAUAGCUCAAGGUCGGCUGGGGCCAGGCCGUAUUCAUCACUGCAUGAGGUCCCUUGGUGCAGCUGAAACCGCUUUACAGAUAAUGUGCCAGCGUGCAGCACAGAGAGAGGCUUUUGGGAAGAAACUCUAUCACCACGAAGUUGUUGCCCACUGGAUUGCUGAAUGCCGCCUCAGCAUAGAACAGGCUCGACUGCUUACACUAAAAACAGCCAGCAAGAUCGACAUGUUGGGCAAUAGAAAAGCAAGGAAAGAGGUAGCCAUGACCAAAGUGGUUGUCCCUCGAGCUGUGCUUAAAGUGAUUGACUGCGCAAUCCAAGUGUGUGGCGGAGCUGGAGUUUCCCAGGAUUUUCCUUUGGCUUCUAUGUUUGCCUAUAUAUGGACCUUGCGCCUGGCAGAUGGGCCCGAUGAAGUUCAUCUCUCAACAAUUGCAAGGUGGGAACUGCUUGAUCAGUCAAAGAAGCUAACGGCAAAAAUGUAACGCCAGCAUAAAGCCAUCCCAAAUGGAUGGAAGAUUUAGGAAAGCUUUUGUCCUGUGCAAUAGUGUUGCUUAAGGUAAAAUCGGAUGACUACAAGAACUUGAUUCUAGCUUGAAGCAAUACAUAUUCUCUCACUCUUUACUUGUAAUUAUUACAUCUACUAAUCAGAGGCUGGCUUUUAAAAAUGUGCAGAAUGCCAUGUAAAUACCAGGAUUUGUCUGGGUUCUUUAUUAACACUAAAUAAAACCUAUUUCCUAACAAGCCUAAAGUGCUUUAUUUGCUCUGAGCCAAAGCCCUCUUUAUCCUUUUAUUGUAGCCAAAGCAGUUUUGACUCAGCAGUUUCACCCAAUUUACUUUAUUACAAGCUAGGAUAAACUUUUAAUUAUUGAUUAAAUUACAACUAAACCCUCAGGGUAAUGCCUUUCUUUUCCCUUUCCAAGGCUCAGCCUCAGCCCAGCUCUCUCCUCCCCAGUUCCUGCUUUCAGCUGCACUCCUUUUUACCAGGGCUACACUCAGUCCUUCCCCUGCCUCCCCUCACACCAGGCCACAGUCAGGCUGCAGCCGCUUGUCUGCUAUUCCUUGCUGCUUACCUCUGCUUUGUUUUGGCAAACACAUCUCCUCAUGUUUUUCCUUCUAAGUGCCCCUUUUGUCUUCCCUUGCAUCUUCCCUUUUGUGUCUCCUUUUGUGCCUCCUCACAAGCCUACCCAGGUCCUGGCCCCUUUCUUAACUAUGCCUAAGUUUCAGUGGCACCUUCCCCUCUGAAGAGCUGAGGUUUUGGCUGGAACCCGCAGCGAGUGGCAGAGGGCAGCGCACAGCCUCUGCUGCUGCCAAAGCAGGCUCUGCCAUUUCUGCCCAAUGCACCUUUGUGAAGGUCUGAAGGGUCAGAGUUCCUCAGCUCUGCAUCUCCAACAAGCCUCUCCUUGGUCGUACAGUAACAGAACCAGGCAGGUCACAGCACACUGCACCACAGGUAGUUCUAUGUCCUGUAAAGGUAGGACAGUCACUUUUCAACUUCUACAGGGAUGAUUAACAAUUAACUCUGAAUACAAGUGCUUGCUUUUCUCAGGAACAAACCAACCAGCCUAGCACAGCAUUGGGGCAUGGAGAGAAGAAGCCCUGCUUGGCUCAGUCUUCAGGAUGGGGCCCCAGCCCGUUCCGCCCUGGAGCCUACAGCCGAGCGUUUUGCCCGCAGGGUGUCCCGCAAAGGCUGCUGAAGGCAGCCAGGGUGGUACAGUUUCAGAGUUCCUAGAACUGGAAGCUUUCCACAGAUCAGUUUCUUACCUCAUAUCAAUUCAUUAUACCUAAGAAAAGAUUAUAAUCCCGUUUGAGAAAACAAUAAUUAUCGAUCAUAUUUCCAUCUGUCUUGGCUUCCUCUUGAUUCCUGCCAAGAAUGGUUCCUAGGAAGUCGAGAGUGACAGUCAGUGGCUGAAGUGCAUUUCAGAUACACACCAGCCUGCCCUGCACCCCUCCCUGUGCUUUAGGAGGUCUGCUCCAGGCCGUCAAAACCUGUGCAACAUGUUUUUCCCAGCAAGAAUGCCCAGGAACCCCGUUUGGCCACACUCAAAUUAAGGUCUCUGGCUGCCCUUCCCCACACCUUCAAAGACCACCACCUUAUCUCAUUAACAAGGCUCUUAAUUCCCUUUAUUUUAAAAUUUUAUGUACAUAUGAAUGAUCUGUAUAAUGUACACUCAAUAUAGAAAGUUUUUAUAUACUGGAUAGCGUAUAGAACAUUUCACAAUUACACUAAUUUCUUACAUAACAUGUCAACUUUAAGGUUUUUUUUUGCUGAAGCUCUGUCAAUUUGGUCAAGCCAGUUAUACAUACGAAUGUCUAGUGCUGUUUGAUCUCAGGAAGAAGAUAAUGUUAAUGAUUAAGGACAUCAGUGAACUGGUGCAGGGACAAACCCUUUGCAAGUCACGUUCAAUGGGAGUGAUCACAUCAGACUGGGGAAAGAAGGGCUGCCCUUUUGUGGGGGAGGUGUCGGUGAGGUCAAAGUGAUUUUAGCCCAAUUCCUCGACUGUAGCUCAACUCCAGUCAUGCUAAUUCAUAAAAUAUAAAAACUAGGAAAGUUUGAUUCACAGUCUUGUAAACAAAUAUAAAGGAACAAAAUGUGCUUAUGUACAACAAGAAAAAAAAUUCUUGUGUACCCAUUUCAGCUGAUCCACAGAGUGCUUUCUUGUGUUACAGUGUGAUAGUUAGAAUCACUUUUUCCUAAAAAAAAAAAAAAAAAAAA